AUGCUAUCGAGAACCCUAGCUAACCAAACGCGCCACCUAAACCGUUUUCCAUUGGCCCUUCUCAGUAUACUACACUGUAAUCCUUACUCAGCGGCAGUCCACCCUAUCUCCCAAUCCUCCAUCCAGCCGCCCCAUCAAGAAUUUCAGUCCAGAUUUCCCAGCCAAUCGCAGAGGACUCUUGUCAGAUAUAGUUCUGUGAUGGCUGGAAAAGAAGCAAAUGAAGCCAAGGGUUCCAAGGCUGGAUCAAAUCCCAGUAAGGGGAAAAAGAAGGAAGUGAAAAAGGAGACUGGACUUGGUCUCACUUACAAGAAGGAUGAGAAUUUUGGAGAAUGGUACUCUGAGGUUGUCGUAAAUGGCGAGAUGAUACAGUAUUAUGACAUCUCUGGUUGCUAUAUACUACGUCCUUGGGCUAUGUCCAUAUGGGAGAAAAUGCAUGACUUCUUCGAUGCUGAAAUUAAGAAAAUGAAGAUUCAGAACUGUUACUUCCCAUUGUUUGUAUCCCCCGGUGUUCUUGAAAAGGAGAAGGAUCACAUAGAGGGUUUUGCACCUGAGGUAGCUUGGGUUACCAAAUCAGGAGAAAGUGAUUUGGAGGUUCCCAUUGCCAUUCGUCCAACCAGUGAAACUGUCAUGUAUCCUUAUUACUCUAAGUGGAUUAGGGGGCAUCGUGAUUUACCUCUGAGGCUGAACCAGUGGUGCAAUGUUGUCAGAUGGGAGUUCAGCAAUCCUACUCCCUUUAUCAGGAGUCGUGAAUUUCUUUGGCAAGAAGGCCAUACUGCUUUUGCUACGAAGGAGGAAGCAGAUAAAGAGGUCCUUGAAAUCUUGGAACUGUAUCGGAGAAUAUAUGAAGAAUUUUUGGCCGUUCCUGUCAUAAAGGGUAAGAAAAGUGAGCUUGAGAAAUUUGCUGGUGGACUGUAUACAACGACAGUUGAGGCUUUCAUUCCAAAUACGGGUCGGGGUGUUCAAGGUGCCACUUCCCAUUGUUUGGGACAGAAUUUUGCGAAAAUGUUCGAAAUCAACUUUGAAAAUGAAAAAGGAGAAAAGUGUAUGGUGUGGCAGAAUUCAUGGGCUUACACCACCAGAACGAUUGGGGUGAUGAUAAUGGUUCAUGGGGAUGAUAAAGGGCUGGUGCUACCUCCUAAAGUUGCAUCUGUACAAGUAGUUGUGGUUCCUGUGCCCUUCAAAGACGCUGACACUAAGGGUAUUUUUGAUGCGUGUACUUCUGUUGUGGAAACAUUGAAAGAAUCGGGUAUUAGUGCUGAAGCAGACACCAGAGAUAACUACUCUCCAGGCUGGAAAUAUUCCCACUGGGAAAUGAAAGGGGUGCCCCUUAGGAUUGAAAUAGGACCAAGGGACCUUGCUAAUAAGCAGGUGCGCAUUGUUCGACGUGAUAAUUCAGCUAAAACUGACAUCCCCAUUGACGAUUUAGUGGUAAAGGUUAGAGAAACACUGGAUGCAAUUCAACAGAAUCUGUUCGAUGCUGCAAAACAGAAGAAAGAGGCCUGCAUGACGGUUGCAAAAACUUGGGAAGAGUUCAUGGAUGCAUUGAAUCAAAAGAAGUUAAUUCUUGCUCCAUGGUGUGACGAAGAGGAUGUGGAGAAGUCAGUGAAAGAACGGACCCGGGGCGAAAUGGGUGCUGUCAAAACCUUGUGCUCUCCAUUUGACCAGCCAGAAAUGCCCGAAGGUUUGUUUUUCCGUCAUUUAACAUUGUUAUAUAUUAAGCUCCUUCUGUCCCGUCAUAAUAUCAAGCCUUAUGGGUUCCAUGUAUCAUCCUCUCCUUUUCUCUAUCCGUGUAGGUACUUUGUGCUUUGCCUCAGGUAAGCCAGCCAAGAAAUGGACUUAUUGGGGCCGGAGUUAUUAGUUCAUUGUGCCGGCGUCAGCCCUGGACCAUGUGUUGGUGAUCAAGUUAGCGGCAGAAUCAAGACCUGGUUCUUUGCAGUUGCUAGAACUGGAGAAUAGAAGGAAAAAGGAUCAUCGAACCAAAGAUUUUUGAUGUAUCGUUAUAAGUAGAAAGGAAGAAAUUUGUGUAUUGACAACAAAUUACUUGUCUUUGAUUGAGGAAGAUAUGGCUGUUUAAAGAUCUAGAAAUCAACAAAAAAAAAUCUUUCUGCAUCUUCUGAUUUUGCUUAUCAUUCCCUUAACCAAAAAGUUACCUAUUUUAUCUGAUUCCUCCUUUGAUGCAGAAAGCAUGAACUUCCUAGAAACAAAACAAAACUCCGGUUUUGGUCCUAAUCUUAACCUCUAAACAGGGUGGAAUUCUUGAAAAUUGGAAAUCUGGUUAUAAAAGAAUGUCAACUAGGAAGACAAGG